GAAGCGCGGACGGCCUCCAAAGUCCGGCUUUUCUAUCAACGACCACACUCUGACCUUUAAGCUCUCGGAUCCCGUUCCGCUAUCGACCCCAAGCAUGCUCUUUUCGCCCCAUUCGGCGUCAUUUGCGGCCCAGAUGGGCCCCCGAUUGCGCCCGCAACAACCUCGGCAGCGCAGCCCAUCAUCCCGUCCGCCCUCCAAGCCGUCCUCCAACCUGCCGUUCAAGUGGACCCAUUUGGGUAUCGCCAGUCUCUCAGCAGCCCGUCGCAGCUCGAGUCGCAUUCCGCCCCAGCAUCGCUUGAGUCUCUUGUAGCGUUUCCCGAUGUCGCAAUGGCCAGCCUCGAUAUGCCGUCGAUCAGCGCAACCUUGAGCGACCCUGCAAUGGCCCAGUUGCUGAACUCGCUGUGUUCCUCGGCAAACCUCGCAUCGAUCGAUGGCCAGGGUCUCCCGGCAGUCGUCCCCAACGUUGCUUUGGAUGCCGUCCCGCCUUUCCUUGGACUGCAGCGAUUUGGGACAGUGGUGAAUCCGGCUGCGGGUCUUCCUGUCGUCAAGAGAAAGCGCGGACGCCCUGUCGGAAAACGAGACCCCGAGAAGGAAAGGGCCAAAGAGGCUGCAAAGGCCAAUGCAGUUGCCAGUGCCGCUGCUGCUGUAGCUGCAGGCAAGAAAGCCGCCGCCGCAACUCUUGCUGCGUGUACCUCUGCACAGCGCUCCACACCAUCGGCCCCGUCGAUACCGACCGGUGCCGCAACCUCCCAUGUUUGGCAAGCCGGAACCCGCCCUGCUGGAUCCGCUGUCGAGGCCGCAAAGCUUCCCAUCAUGCCCCUCGUCAAGCCAAGCAGCACAAAGGCGCCCGCCAAGACCAUGCCGCACCAACUCAAGGAGCAGCGCAAGGUAGCCCAUAGCGCGAUCGAACGCCGAUACCGCAACAACAUCAAUGACCGCAUCGCCGAGCUGAAGGCUGUGAUCCCAGCUCUCAACGCUUCGGCAGCGUGCCCCUCGAGCGACAAGUUUGCACGCGGCGCAUCCCAUUUUGGAAACGAGCACGAAUGCGAAUCAGACGACGACUGCGAGGCCGAGGACUCGAGCGUCGUCAUCGACGGAGUCGCCGUGGCCCAAAAGAUCAACAAGGCUACGAUCCUGCGCAAGGCAGCCGAGUAUAUUGCCCAUCUCCGACGAGCCAACCAGGUGCUGAAGGAUCAAGUCGACUCGAGCCGCAAAUGUGUACAGGACCAUGGGAGUCCGGAGCUGCUCCUGCUGCUGGAAGAUAACCUCCGGGCCGUCAAGGAACGGCACCAGACUGAGACCGUCCAGAGGCAGGUCAAACUGGAAGACAGCCCGCUGUCACCGGUCCUGUCGGGUGUGCCGUCCAUGUCUUCUCCGUCGACAUCGUGCAGCCACGACUCCCCGCCAUCGUCUGGAUUUACUUCAGCCCAGCUGCACACCGAUUCGCCGCCGCCGCUGGUGCUUGAGAGCCCAACGACGUCCUCCGAGGACGAGUCGGAUGGAUAUCCGUCUCCCAAGCGCGCCAGGCACACAGGCAAUCCAGCCGCGCAUGUUGCCCCGGCUCGCAUGAUGAUGCUUGUGUUUGUAUGCGCAUGCAUGCUCUAUGCCCCGAAUCCGUUUGGCUCUGCGCUUGUAUCUCUGAACGGACCUGCAAGCCCCGACCACCACCACUCGCCUGCAAGGGUCUUCGACGCCGGUCUGAGCUCCGCGAUGCCUGGACAGCCCCAGACGGCGGUGUGGUCUCCCGAGAUCAUGUGGCCCAUCCUGCGGAUCGUUCUCACGCUCUUGGUCCUUUGGAAGUGUCUGAAUCCGUCAAUGUCCACUCACACCGCGACAUUCAAGCCUGUCAAGAAGCCCACUGAUCAGUACCACUCGAGCCAGCUCAGCUUUGAAGCCGAGCCCUCGGAUGUCAGCCAGCACUGCACCAGUCAGCUGGAGUCUCCUGCGAACAAGAGCCGACUGUGGAUGCUGCGCCUGGCCCAGGAGGCCGGUGCCUAUCUCAUUGGCCCAAGGCUGUGCCUGGGCCGUGCCGCAGUUACAAAUGCAGGCGAACUGCACGAGUACAUACUGUUGGUGCGACGUCUGGAGUCUGACCUACUCCUCAAAGACAACUACCAGCCUCUCCAACUCUCUCAAAUCCUUCGCUUGGCCAAUGUGGCCAAUGCGUCGCCAGAGAUUCUGGGAGCAGAGCUCUGUGGACGCGCUCUCCUUCUCUGUGCCCUUCGGAUUCAGCGGGCGAUCGUUGCUCGGCACCCACCCAGGAAGAGUGGCAAGGCCAUCAAGCGCCCUGCUGUCUCCGCCACUGGAUCUGGGCACAUCAUGCUCUUGCUUUGGCAGCAGCUUAGCAUGAGUCUACUUGCCAAGGGCAUCGAGAUGCUCCAGUCUGCCGGGGCCAGCCUCACCGACCCACACCUCAACUGGUUCUUGCGUGUUACGCGGGAGGAGAAGGUCAACCCAAUGUCUCUGCUGGACGAGUCGGUUCACACUUCCAGCAGCGAGUCGGCUGGAGCGGCACAGCCUGCGCAAGAAGCGGCCCGAAGCAAUCUGUUUGCCCACGCCAUGGCGUCCUACCGCCGCAGUCGCUUGCACGAACUACUCGGCGAGGCCCACGUCAUCCGCCAUCUGUCGCUGCUCCCGCUGCAUGAAGAGCCGGCUGCGGAUCCCUCGGGGUCUGUGUCGCCUGGCAUCGAUGGCAUCCUGGCAGAAAUCAAGCGGCUUGGACAGGCGUCCAUGGACUGCCAGGAUUUCCUCGGCUAUGCUAUUUGCGAGCUGGUUCAGGUGGGCGACAUGAUGCGGUCGGGCCAGACCUCCGAGGCGGUCGAAAGGUACCUGGCUCUCGAGCAAGCAAUCCCGCCCGAGUGUCUGCGCCAGCGAUACGAGGUCUUUUCGACCCUGAGUCUGUCGGUCUUCCUCGUGGCUUGUCACUACCGGCAACUCAAUCACGCUCAGCAAGAACAACACAUCUCCAACUCUGCUGGUGUCCUGACCACCCUGUCAAAACAAACCGACUGGGUUGUCUGUGGCUGGCAGGAGCUCGACCGAUACACCAAAGAACAGCUCUUGCAUCCAUCUCCAAACGACCGCGAUGGGUCCAGUCUCGUGCUGCUCCAAGCCAUGUUCCUCAACUGGGCCCUCCUCACAGUCCCAACGGGCGAGGGCCACCACGAGUGCGGCAUCACUUCCUGCGCCGCCGGUGACUCGUCUCGGCGCUGCUGCCUUCGCACCCAUGCGGACAAGGUUCGAUUCUGCAUGAACGAUCUGAUCAUGGGCCGACUCAAGGCGUCCAAGGGAGCCGCGCGCGAGACCCUCUUGGAGAUUCUCAAGUACUGGCGACAGAAGACGAUGCUGUCCGAGUGAAAGCACUUUCUUGUGCACGACCGCUCUGUCUUGUUUUUGUUUCGGAGUUUUGCCCCCCCCCCUCGUCAUUCAUACAUUCACCCCUUUCUCUCGCAUCAUCGCU